UCCUGCUGCUGCUGCUACGUCAGAGGUGGUACUGCGGCGCAGUGUCGGGCUGCAGCAUGGUGGCACAGAUCCGCACGAGGAUGCGACACGGACUGAAGCAAGUUUAAAAAUGAAGCACAAGAAAUCAGCUGACUUAGCACUGCAACCUAGACACCGACUGCUGCGGUGCCUCUGAUGCGAGGACUGUUUUUCUUUCAGCUGCGUAAACACACACACCCACACAAACACACACCCACACAAACACACACACCGGCCUGUACGUUAUAGUCCUCGGUCACUCCACCUGCAUGAUCUGUGAGCCAGGUGAGCCGUGAGUGUCAGCACGAGUAGGCCCAGUGGGUGUGGUGUCAUUAUGCUACAUAUACGCCAGCGGCAAACUGGUUUACACAAAGCAGCGGAGCAGCAGCGGGACGCGGGCGCCAGUAAUUACCUCCACCAGUAUAGAUAUCCAGGGAUCUGUCGUCGGCUGCUUAGCUUGCAAGAUGAACUUCAAGAACUUUAGGGAGUACCUGGCCUGGCUGUACUACCAGUACCUGCUCAUCACCGGCAUCUAUGUCCUGGAGCCCUGGGAAAAGUCAAUCUUCAACUCCAUCCUCUUCUCCGUCAUCGGCAUGGUGGUCUACACCUCGUAUGUCUUUGUGCCCAUUCACCUGCGACUCGCACUGGAGUUUUUCUCCGGGCUCUUUGGCGGCCAGCCUGAGAGCACCAUGGCGCUCAUGAGCUAAAAGUCGGAGAGAAUUUGGAGGAAAAAGAAGCAGCGACGGGGUGGAUUAUCCCGAGUCUCCAAACAAUUUUCGUAUAACUCAACUUCUUAUCUCCCAGUGAACUUUGAGGCCCUCUUUACACCACGUUUGUCCCGAACCACAGCGGUUCCAUUGCCGCUGCUAAUCAAGACUGAAAACAAGAAGCUCUUAAUGAGAUGAUCUGGAAAUCAGAGCCUUACUAUCUUCUGUACAUCCCAAACCCUGUGGCCUUACCCCAUGGUAUUAGAUACACGACUGUACAUUACUUUCACACCCUCGCUGUGAAACAUUUUGUGAAAUGUUGUUUGUCUUAUUUGUUUUUGUCUGUCUGACCACAUGUCCUGUGUGAGUGCAUACCACCUCUGGGUUUUGCAUGAUAGGGUCAUA